AGGAGACUUCUCUCAGGCAACCUGUGUUGUGGAAUAACAGGUCCUUGGGUUGAAGCUCUGAAGUCACACUUAGCUGAUGGAUAAAAUACUACUUAACCCAAGCAGGAUUCCAAACAGCCUGGUUUUCUGAGCCGACCACAUGAUUUUUUCCCAGGUCAGCGACAACAUGCGUUCGUGGUAUCGGUUUUAUUUAUUUUGUUAAAUGCCGUUUCCACUACAUAAAUACAGUUUUAUCCAGUUCCGAUGUAAACAUAUGUGUAAUGUAUUCUGAUUGGUUCUUAUUAUUAAAUCUAAACAACUUCUGCUGCUGCAACUCUUGUUUCCAAAGCCAAAAGUACAGUAAGUCCGAUGGGAACAAUACUCGCGUGCAAUAUUGUUAGGAAAGCUGAUAAUGAAUGCAUUGGUCGUUACAACUUAAGUGCAGCGUCCUUGGCAUUUGUCUACAUUGCACCAUGAAACAUUAUAAAAGAGUGACUACUCUUAUCCAUCAUAUUUGAUCGUCAAGCGAGUUCAGUAGUUAUAUCUACAGUAUUGUCCUCUGCCAAUUGCAAGCAAAGAAGAUGCAGUCGAGUGAACUAGUUUAUAUAUAAUUAUAUAAAAAAAACUAAGAACAACAAAAACUAGUGAUGAUGCUCCCGGGACUUCUGCGGAACUGAUUCGGCGAGCAAGAAGUGAAAAAGCAUGUACAAUGGUCUUGACCUCACAAACUUAAACUAAUCACGACAGAACUUUCAGUCUGUGAUCGACAAACCAUUUUACUCACUCGAUGCAGGAACGAAGAAGGUAAAUUGUGUCCACGUUCAAACCCUUUCAGCUGUCGUCGUCUGUGGAAGAGUGGAUGGCUGCAGUCCUUCGAAGAAGAGAAAAGUAAAGGUAACUUUAAAAAAAAAACCGGCGCCGCCUAUCUCAAAAUAUGUUACAUCCCUUUCAAGACGAAAACAGCUCCGCGGCAAAUGGAUGUCUACAGACUGAGUGCACGAGCUAGCCUGGCCAGCACGCGACAUGACGUGUGUGCGUGUGCGCGCAUGCGCCUGUUCAUGAUUUUGGGGAGUUCAGUCUUCAGCAGCAGAGGCCUGGAACUUCCCCACCACCUCCCCUGCGCUCCCCCACCGCGUCAUCACCUGGGCAUGUGUGCUUCCAGGCUUCCAGGGAGGACGACCUGACAACGGACCAAACUCUUUUCGGAUGAGACUUGGACGCCGGAGAGUUUAUAUCUUCGUGCGCUGCAGUCGUAGCAGACGAUGAUGGAGUCGUCAACAUUACAUCAUACACAUCGUCUUUCAUAAUCAUCUUUCCCGCCUACAGAAAAAAAGUUCUCGGCUUGAGAGAAGUUAAAAGGAAACAUCUGAUCCCAAGAACUCGAAGGGCCACGCUGUUUGCCUUCAUAGAACCCACAGCUUAGCACCCAGGAGUCCACGAUUCCUGCCAUCAUCGCCAGAUGGCAACGAGCGCCAGGGCCGAGCCUUUCAAAGGACAGCGCUACGCCAAACUCCGGCGACGCUGCGUCCGCAAGAACAAACUGUUUGUGGACGGCGAGUUUCCUCCCACUGGUUCCUCCCUGUACUUCUCGCGCUCACCGCCAGCAGACAUCGUCUGGAAACGUCCGAAGGACAUCGUUCCUGAACCCCGGUUUUUCAUCGACAAAGCCAGUGCCGACGACUUUUCGCAAGGCACGCUGGGAAAUUGCUGGUUUGUUGCAGCUUGUGCCUGCAUCGCCGAAGAUUCUACCUUGUGGAAAAAGGUAGUGCCCGACUACCGUGCCCAGGAAUGGUCGCCGAACAUCAAGUACGCCGGCAUCUUCCACUUCAAGUUUUGGCGCUGCGGACGUUGGGUCGACGUCGUCAUCGACGACUACCUCCCCACAAGGAACGGCCGCCUCAUCUUCACACACUCCAAGUCCCGCAACGAGUUCUGGUCGGCGCUGCUAGAGAAAGCUUAUGCAAAGCUGUUCGGCUGCUAUGAAGCCCUGACAGCGGGGAAAGCCCGCGACGCCAUGGUGGACAUGACUGGCGGGGUGGGCGAAGGGCUGGAGAUCGCCGACUUCCGGUCUCAAGAUCAGCGCAUGCGCCUCUUCAGCAUCCUGUACAAGGCCAAAGCCAACCAGUCUCUCAUGUGCUCUGCAAUUCAGGCGCGCACGGCGGCGGAGAUGGAGGUACGGCUCAGCGUGGGCCUGGUCAAAGGUCAUGCCUACAGCAUCACGGCUGUGAGGGAUGUGUACCUUAAGGGCACUGGCUUGUUCAGCGUCUUUAACCGGGACAAAAUCCACAUGAUCCGACUUCGUAACCCCUGGGGUGGCAUUGAGUGGAAAGGUCCCUGGAGCGACGGAUCGUCAGAGUGGAAGAAGGUCAGCGAAAAAGAUAAAAAAGACCUUGACCUUACAUUCGAUGAAAAUGGCGAGUUCUGGAUGGCGUUUGAAGACUUCUGCCGUUACUUCACGCACGUGGACGUGUGUCACAUGAUGAACACCUCCUUCUUCACCCUCAAGAAGUCCUGGAGGGAGAAGGUCAUGGAGGGGGAGUGGCGCCGGCCCCAGAGGGCGGGAGGCUGUGGCAAUCACAACACUUUCCUCAACAACCCCCAGUAUUUACUGGACAUGUACGAAGAUGAAGAAGAAAUUCUUGUGUCCCUUGAACAAGAAGACCGCCGCUCGUCCAACUUCCGUACCAGGGGAGAGAACUACUGUAUUGGCUACACGAUCACCAAAACGGACGUCAACAGGAAGUACCGUAUGCACGACCGGAUGGAGCGCAUGCAUGCUGGGCCUUUCGUGCAGUCACGCAGCAUCCUCAGCCGCCAGCCAAUAAAAAAGGGCCGCUACCUGCUCGUGCCCUCGACCUUUGACCCGGGACAAGAGGGCCGGUAUCUGCUGCGUCUUUACACAUCCAGCACGCCAUCCGUCAGGGAGCUGGUGAAGGAUGAGCCGGGGCCGCCAUCUUGCUUCCAGGAGGCCAAAGUAGCCGCCACUGCCGUGACGGUGUCCAGCGCAGAAGGCUUCACACUUGCCGACGGUAGCCAUGAGGCUGAGGCGUACUGCAUUCUCAAAUGCGAGAAAGAGCAGUACCGCACGAGCACCAGCUGCAAGUCCUCGUGUCCCGAGUGGAAGGAGCGCGUGACCUUCUAUCGUCGAAAGCCACAGGAGGAUGUGAAAGUGGAGGUCUGGGCGUCUAGCAUCCUGGCUGACUUCUAUAUAGGUUGUCUAACUCUGCCCAUGUCACGUAACCAGGAGUACACGGGGGGCAACAUCAUUCGCCGCUACUCGCUGCAAAAGACCAACUCGGAGGGGCGAGAAGAGCACGCGGGUUAUAUAUGGCUCACGGUGCAUCACACUACCAACAUGGCCGAGGUGUAACGAGGGGCAGGCGCCGCUGUUGGUGCUGCUGGUGGUUUCAAGAUGAACAGGAAGUGACGUGAGGCCUGGUUUCGUCGUCGUUAUGGUCUGCAGGUUCGUGGAACGGCAUGAGCCUGGGUAGCAGCGGGGAACAGGCUAUGUCCUUUGAUUUGGAAACUUGAUUUGCCGGUUUCAGAAGUGGCUUCCGGUUUGGAAACGAUGUGAGAUGACAUUUGCAUCCCGACGGUUCUUUGGCGAUUGAAAAUGAAAUAAAUACCAUCUAGGACCUAGUGGCCAUCAUGCCAUGGAAUACUUAAUUGCCCAGCAAUUACUGGCUACAACGAAAUGGAUAUCAGAGGGAGGGCGCCACAGAGCCCUAGAGUCACGGUUCAGCACGUCACCUGCGCAAACGUCCACAGAACAAGAAAAACACUCCCUCUCUAUACAGUUUCCCCAUUUCAAAGAAAAACCAGCACCUGAAAAUUCAGUCUCUUCGUAAUUUUUUUGUUCUGUUUUGUUUGAGAAUGUAAACCAUUUUUAUACAUCGAGAACAACGUACAAAAUGAUGUUCAAUUGUUCAAGAGUUGUCAUGCUUCACUAUGUCUCAGUAUUAUGCAGUGUGAUAUAAUGUAUGUGUAAUAAUAUCUUAAUGCAUUGUGGGAAGGAUUUUAUUAUUUUUAUGGCAAUGAAUGAAUAACCUUGUGCAAUAAAGUUGUUUUGUGUCUUCUGCUA